AUGGUCUCGAAGGGCAGGUGCGGCGGCGGCUGCAGUAUCGCCGCGGCACCAGAUUCGAAGGAAAGUGCUGCACUUUUCUGGAGGGAGGAGCUUGAGGCGCUGCCUGCUCGUGGCUCGCGGGCACCUGCUCCUGUUGAGGGCAGCGUGUACCGCCGGCUCCCAAACGCGGCCUGCAGGUGCACUGGGAACGCCGCGCGGCGCUUGCUCUGCAGCCCGCGGAAUGCACAGCAGGAGGAGGAAAACGGCGGCCGCAGCAGCGAGGAGAGGGCGGCCGCGACAGGGAGGAAGGAGCGGGAGUUGCAAGUUGAGAAGCAACCCGUUUGGCGGGAUUAUUUGGCUUAUUUUGCUUAUAAUCCAAUCAUAAGCGUUCCCAAACAUGGCCUUAUUCUCCUCACCGCGGCCACUCGCCCGCGCGCCCUCCCGACCCGCGCCUCCCUCUCCCUCCCGACUCCGGCAUGUCGCCCCCGCCGGUGCCUCCCUGGUCGCGCCACCCCGCCAUUGGGAGGGGGCUUCCUCCCCCUCGCCUUCCCCUCCGGCAGCACCCCUCGCUCCGAUUUCCCCCAGUGCCCUAACCCUAGAAGGCCUAAAGCACUCCGUCCAGCGGCGCCUCCCCGGUCCGAUUUCCCUAGGCCGGCCGACCAGGAAGGACGCCGCUCCCUGCUGGACGGUAGCUGCCCCCACCCUGCUAGACGCCAUCGCCCCCUCCAGGAACAGACAAGGUACGAUGCCGGAGACAUCACUGCCGUGAGCUCUGCACAGGAUCCCACUGUCCGGCUGCUGGAUGGCCAAGGCCAUCUUGGGAGCAGUGUAUCUCAUAGAUUGUUGUACCAAGGAUAUUGCAUGCUCAAACAUGAGAAUUUGAAAGUCUCAUAUUUGUUAGUGAGCUUGCAUCCUGAUGGCUUCCAUUGAACACUAGAUCAGCGGGUAUGUUUCAUUGAACACCAGACCUGCAUCUUGGUGAUUUGCUGAUUUGUUCUAUGGUGAUUGUACUGCUUUUUAUUUGUUAAUUUACUUGACCUUUGGAUUAGGGACUGUGUGUUG